CCACGAGUCGGGACGGUGCAGUCCGGCUCGCUCCGACCGCGAGCCUCGUGGCGUGUGCUGUUUGCUUUGUGUGGUGGUGAACGGUGAGCGAUACGAAUGUUCCGUGCCUGAGAGGUGCUCGAUCGGAGGGAAACACGAAUGAGUGUUUGAGUAGCCUCGCCUGCCUGUGUUGAACCUUUCGAAGGCCUUCAAGGCGAGCGAAUGCGAACAACUUGUGCAACAGUGUGACUUUGUACUGUUCCUUACCGUAGCCAGUUCUGUGAAAAACAAACCAGAGCGCACCGCAGCUGUCGUCGGGUCGCGCGUCCAGAUAAAAAUCGUGCCAGCCGGUCGCCUUGGCGAGAUAGCCGGCCCCGAGCACGCCUCUAGACGAUAACGUCUGACUCAAACUCAUUGUGUGCGCGACGCCGGUGGUGUUCGAGCCGACAGUCCGUCUCGGCUGACCCAGCUGCGUGUCUCUGUCGGACCAGCUGCGUGUUUGUGGUUGGCGUGGUGCGUCUGCGUCCAGCUGCGUCCGGUGGUGUGCUGUUUGCUGCAGUAAGCGUUGGAGGGCGGAUCAUCCUCAGGAGAGAUGUCGCCAGACGGACGGACGUGAUACGGUGAACGGGAGACGCGAAUACAUCAGCGAGAGACGGUGCGGAGACAAACCACAGCCAUGUCUCGCCGAGCGUCUCUGGACGAGCUGCAGGCUCGCUUCACCCGAACGGCCAAACAGCGGAAAAACAGCUGUGAGCCGGCAGAGCUGCUGUCGGGCGGCGCCAUGCCGCUGGACCUGCCCCACUCCGCCGCGCCGGCCGCCUCCAAGACGCCGCGCUCGCUCAAGAUCUCGAUGCCGCGCAUGCGCCAUCACGAGCCCGAGCAGCCGGCGGUGAGCGGCAGCCACGGACGCGCCGACGCCGACCAGGAGCCGUCGCCGCUGCCGCUCCGACUCAGAUCUCGCCUCAACGAUCUAUUUUUCCAGAUUGAGAAGGAAUUCGAAGCAGUUUGCUCAGAAAAUGCAGCAUUGCACAAGGAGCUGGAGCUGCUACAGGAGAAGCCGGACCGCGAGACAGGAGACCGGUGUGACGACACGGACGGAGCCGUCAAGAGCAAACAGAAACGGGGCACCCGGCGGCGCUCCUUUCCACCAGUGACGUCAUCUCUGAGCUCCGAGCCGAUGACAUCCAUAUCCGACCUAUCUCCUGCCCGAGCCUCGGCCAUGUACCACGUCAUGUCGCACGCGGCGCAGAAGCUGAAGCCGGCCUACAAGCUGAAGCAGCAGACUAGUAAGAUCGUGUCGAGCUUCAAGGCGGCCUCGGUGGUGUGCGCCCUAGUUCGGGAGUACCGCGGUCACAAGGACGGCGUCUGGGAGGUAUCGGCCGGACGGCCUGGGCAGCAUGUGGUCGGCACAGCGUCAGCAGACCACACGGCGUGUGUAUGGUCGGUCGACUCUGGCCGGUGUCUGCUGCAGUACCAGGGCCACGAGGGCUCGGUGAACUCGGUCCGGUUCCACCCGACGCGCGACCUGGUGCUGACCGGGUCGGGCGACCAGACUGCACACGUCUGGCAGGCGGCCGUCAACAUCGACUCGGGGCGGGCCAUGUCUUCUGAGGAGGAGGUGGACCCGUCCGACAUGUACGACGACAUGGCCGCGCCGGCCGAGGGCAGCAAUGUGCUCCGGACACCGAUUCUGGAGCUGACCGGUCACUCGGGGGUGGUGAUCGCCGCCGACUGGCUGGCUGGAGCCGAACAGGUGGUGACCGCCUCCUGGGACCGGACGGCGCAGCUGUUUGACGUCAACACGGGGGAGAGCCUGAACACACUGGCUGGCCACGACCAGGAGCUCACGCACGUCUCGGCACACCCGAGCCACAAGUUCGUCGUCACGUCCAGCAAGGACUUCACCUUCCGGCUGUGGGACUUCCGCGAGCCCAUUCCCUGCGUCUCCGUGUUCCAGGGACACACAGACGCUGUGACCUCGGCCGUCUUCAGCCGCGAGGAUAAGGUAGUUUCUGGCAGCGACGACCGCAGCUGUAAGGUCUGGGACCUGAAGAACAUGCGCUCACCACUAGCCACCAUCCGCGGGGACGCCGCGGUCAACCGGCUGGACGUUUCAUCGGCAAACGUCAUAGCGGUGCCGUUCGACAACCGGCAUAUCCGCCUGUACGAUAUGAAUGGCCAGCGUCUGGCCCGACUGCCGCGCUCCAACCGGCUGGGCCACCGGCGCAUGGUGUGCUCAGUGGCAUGGAGUGACGACCUCAGCUCGGGCCGGCCGAACCUGUUCAGCAGCGGGUUUGACAACACGGCCAUCGGAUGGCUCAUCACCCCGCCCAAGGACAGCAAGGACUAGUCAGCGCGCUUCGAGCGCCGUGUGAUAUAUCGACCGACCAGUGACCGCCGUCGCCGCCGCCGCCGUCGCCGCGGCUCGCAGAGCUACCCUUGCCCUUUCAGUUGCCUGUUUGUAUACGGAGCGCGGUGCCGAGCCGGUCGGCCGCGCGCGAGCACAGAGCUAGAGAACACUGCUUGUCGACUCACCGCGCGGUCGUGAUGUUUUUUCAGCUGUGAGCUAGGAGCGGCCGCGCGGCGCCGUUAGGACUGGUAACACGUCUUCCCGGGGCGGGUCGGACGGCCCGGCCCGGCCCUGCUGUCCACGGACCGCGAAGGCCGGGCCGGCCGCCGGCCCGCCCGUAGUCGCCGCCGCCGCUGCCACCGCGCCGCGUCACCCACAUACAAUCAUAGGGGCGGUCACGUCCGCACUGCCCACGAAUUGUGUAUAUGUAUGCAUUUGUGUGAGAGAUGUCUUAACUACAGGGGCGGCGGCCGGGCCGGGGUAUGUGUUAGGAGGUGGCGACUGACGAACGCUGGAGUUUUAGUUAGCUCGGCAGUGACAUGCCGAAUCGAGAGGCGAGUUGAUGGGUCACAGAUCGCGACUGUGUCACGUGUGUGGACCCGGUGACAACUGAGAGAGUCGGAGCACCCAGGGCAUUGUCUCCCGAGGCCAGUCAGAGGUAGACCAGGCCAGCAGAGCGUCCGUGCGCCGAGUGAUGCAGAUCUGCCCGCGCCGCCGCCGCCGCCCCGCGCUAGGAACAAACUCGGCCGCGCCCGCCGCGUGUGCCGCGUGUCAGUGUGGGGGCGCCGCACGGACGGGGCGCGGCGCCCCCGUUUGGCCUCCGUGUGGCCGGGGCGCCGCCCGCCCGCCCGCCCGCCCGCUGUAGGCGGCCAGUGCAGUGUAUUAGAUACAUAUACAGCGCAAAUACACAGCUUUCCCUGUUUA